AUGUUUUUUUGAGAACGCUAGCUUGGUUACGAUUUAAGAUUUGUUGAAGGUUUUUUGUCCAUUAAAAUGGCGGAAGAAUGGCCAUCCCAAAAGUUUCGCCAAACUAUGAUAGCAAAAAUCAACCAAGCUCUGCAGACGACGGAUCCUACGAAGAAUGCGGGUGUUAUGGAAAAUCACAUUUUCAAAAAGUCGCGCAGCAAAGAAGAAUAUAUGGGUUUGGUGGCGAAGCUGUUUAUGCACUUUCAAGACUUAGCGCAAACCUGGAUCCGUUUUGGAAAAUUUUCCCCAGCCGCCCCAACAGAAUUCCGAAAUGAACCAACAAGGCAUGAUGCCGGAUCCGCUAAAUGCGCUCCAAACCCUUGCAAGCCAAGG